UUUAUUGUUGUAUUGCAAUAGGUUGGCAGUACUUGACUUUAAAUGUCUGAACCAAUUGAGGAAAUAUUGGCGGGACUUGACAUUUCCCGCCAAACGAUGCAACAUCAAGUCACAACAAUUAACGAAAUUCUAGAGAAGUCUAAUAAAACACUUCUCCUAGUCGAGGAGAACAACAACAGUUCAUCAUCAUCGGCAGCUGCCUCUGAUUAUUCUGGGCAAAGGACUGUUAAUUAUAAAUCUGAGUAUGAGCUGUUUUUAGCCAAGAUACUAGUUAAUUACCAACAAUUGGUGCAACACAAGUCUGAGCCCAAUACCCAGCGCCCGAUGUCAGUUUUAGAUGACUGCUUCGCAAUGCAACAGAGAGUGGAAUAUCUGGGCAAUAGUGUCCGCAAACUGAAGGCUCUAUGUGACACCAUUCAACAGAUCAGGACUCAGGCAAAAGAUCUACUGCAGUUUGAGGAGGAAGACCAUGAAGACUCAGACAAGGAAAAUGAAGACAUUGAAAAAUCUUGGCCAUAACAAAAAUCUCAAUUUAUUAUAAGCAACUAAUUUGAAUUAAAGUAUUGGAUACGAUA